AUUGGUCAGCACAUUCUGAUGACAAGACAAAAGCCAAAAGAGUAUAAGUCCUGCGCAAUGUUCUUGUUUCUGCUGAAAAAGCAGAGGUGGACCUCAAGUAAGGAGGGCUGUCCCUCUGUCCGGAGCACUGUCUGCAAUACACUGGACCCAGGAUUUCCCCAGAAACUCAGCCAUCUGACUUCUCAUCACCUCUUUCUAAGGAGCCAGUGGAUAACAAGACAUUCAGAGCUCUAUCCUCAAAGCCAGGAUCUUCAAUUUGGAAGCUACAGGUCUUUGAUUGGAGUGCCAUUAUUUGUGCUCAGUCAUGGGUCAGCUGUUUGCUUCACAAAAGCCUGAACACCAAGAUUUGGCCUCCAGCUUUGCUGCAUACUUCAAGAAGUUUAAGACAGGAAAUGGUAUCAUUCCUCAGGAAACUAUCGCUUCAGUUGAAUUAAGCCUAAAAAAUGGAAACAUCCAGGAGGCAAACGCUGCAAUCAGCAAUGCAUUAAGAGAAAUCGAUAGUACCUCACUCAAUGUUGCUGUGACCGGGGAGUCUGGAUCUGGGAAGUCUAGCUUCAUCAAUACUAUGAGAGGAAUUGGGCAUGAAGAAGAAGGUGCAGCUCAGAUUGGAGUGGUGGAAAUGACCAUGAAGAGAUAUCCAUACAAACACCCCAAUAUUCCCAAUGUGGUUUUUUGGGACUUGCCUGGGAUUGGAACAACAAAUUUCCCACCAAAAGAUUAUCUGGAGAAAAUGAAAUUCAAUGAGUAUGACUUCUUCAUUAUUAUUUGUGCCACCCGCUUUAAGAACAACGAUAUAGAACUCGCCAAAGCUGUCAGCAUGUUGAAGAAGGAUUACUAUUUCGUGAGAACUAAGGUGGACUCUGACUUAAGAAAUGAAGAGGAAUGCAAGCCACGAACAUUUGACCGAGAAAAAGUCCUGCAGCAGAUCCGCAGCAACUGUGAGAGGAACUUUAAGGAGAGUAAUAUUAAUGAACCACCAAUCUACUUGAUCUCCAACAGAAAUAUACAUGACUAUGAUUUCCCAAUCCUGAUGGACAGGCUGGUAAACGACCUGCCUGUACACAAGCGACACUGUUUUAUGCUCUCCUUGCCCAAUAUUAAAGAUUCAGCCAUUGAAAAGAAGCGGCAGUCGCUGAAGCAAAGGAUUUGGCUCGAAGCCUUUGCAAAUGACCUGCUGAGUAUCAUCCCUUCACUGAUGUUCUUAUUGGAAAGUGAUGUGCAGAGUCUUAAGAAAAGCAUGAAGCACUAUCGAACUGUGUUUGGAGUGGAUGAUGCAUCCUUGCAGAGUUUGGCUGAGGCCUGGGAAAUACCGGUGGAUCAGCUCGAGGCAAUGAUGAAAUCUCCUCAUGUGUUCAGAACUACAAAUGAAGAAACAAUGAAUGAAAGGCUCUCAAGAUAUUUUCAGGAGUACUGUCGGGCUAAUGGCCAUUUAGUUACUAAGAAUUUUUAUCUUAAAGAAUUAUUUUGCCUGAAAUUUUGUUUCCUUGACAUGGUGACUGAGGAUGCGAAUACUCUUCUCAAAGAGAUAUGUUCAAGAAACAACUUGGAUUCUAAUUAGGCUGAAGUCUGUGGCUGUCAAAAAUCAGAACCAAUGACAGAAUAAGAGAGUCUGAUAUUACAAAACAAUAUACUGGGUUUAUUCAGGCUAUUCAGGCUUUAUCCAUGUUUAGUGAUGAUAUUUUCACGUUAGCUGUAGCAAAAGGAUCAGAAAUGUGUAAAUAAGCUGAGAAUUAAAAACUACCUAUUCACUUUGAAUAAACCCUCAGAUCAAGUAAAUUUACUUUUAUUUGAAUUUAAUGUAAAAUCAGCAUCAUUUUUUUAGGUUUGACAUUGUGAUGGUUAGUGCUGUCAACUUGACAGCCUCUAGAAUCACAUGGAAGUUAAGCCCCUUGCUUGCACUUGGGAAUUUAUCUUGCUUAUGUGGCACCAUCCCCUAGCUGGCGAUCUUUAACUGUGUAUGCACACAGAGGAGCUAAGCAGCAGCAUGCCUGCACUCAUCCUCAGCCCUCUACUCUUUUUAACUGUGAAUGGAGUGGCACUCGCUGCCUCAGGCUGCUGCUGUGACUUCUUGAUAGUAAUGGCCUAUAUAACCUUGAAUGGGAUGCUGUGGGCUCUCUGCAUAGAGAUUUAUAUCAAAGGAGAAACCCUAACUGGAUGGGAGAGAUGGGUCAGUAGAUGAAGCACUUGCCUUGCAAGGCUGAAGACCUGCGUUCAGUUUCCCAGAGCCCACACAAAGCCAACUAAACAUCUGUAAUCCAUGCACUCCUAUGGUGGAUGGGAGGCAGAAACAGGAGAAUCUUAUAAGAUCAUGGCUCCAGCUACCCUGCCACGUGCAGCAGUGAAUAAGAGACGCUGACACAAGCAAGAGGACCGUAAAAGCCGAAAUGCAAGAUUGUCGUCUGAUUCCUGAAUACACACCAUGCCAUGUUCAUGCCUGCAGUCACACACGCAAAUGCACACACACGAAAAGCUUUUUUUCAUUAAAAAAGAAGGAAGGUUUGGGGCGGUAGCUCAGUAGUAUAAUACUUGCUUCGCAUGCAUGAAACCUCAAGUUCAGUCCUUAGCAUUCCAGAGAAAGGUUAAAAGGGGUGAAGGAGGUGGCUGGAGAGAUGGCUCAGAGGUUGGUUAAGAACAAUGGAUACUCUUGCAGAGGAUCCGGGUUCAACUCCCAAAACCCACACCUUAUCUCACGGUCAUCUGUCACUCCUGUUCCAGGAGAUCUGAGGAGCUGAUACCCUCUUCUCACUGCCACAGGCACCAGGCACACAUGAGAUGAACAGACAUGCAUGCAAGGCAAAUAUACGUACAAUAAAAGUAAGUAAAGAAAAAUUUAAAUAUAUGUUUAAGUAAAAAGUAGGAAAGAGAAACAAUAACCUAGAUAUCACAAUAAUAAUGACUAAAAAAUUCCUUUAAAAUACUAUUUAGUCAGAAUCCUUUAAAAAAAAAUACUGAAGAAGCUCUCUAAUUAUGCCAGGGACAGUGGAUAUGAUGAAAUUUCUCUAACUUGUAAUGACAGCUGUUUUGAAUGUUUUCAUAGUAAAUGACUGAUUUACUCUAUAUCAAUACCAAAAUCCAUUUAAUAAAGUCUUCCUGAGGAAAAAAAAAAAAAAAGAUUUUUGUUGUUACUUGACAUUUCCAAGAACCCAUAAUAACUUCACAGUGACUGUACUUAACAUUACUGCUAUUUGCUGGUUAUUUCAUUGCCCAUUCCAUGGCCUAUAUUGUAUCUUCCUUGAAAUAAAAUUCAAAUAAAAAGCACAUGUCUUAGUAAGACUGGAAGAGAAGCAUAGAGGAAAGGGGGAAAUUAUUCAUGGUAGGGAAUAGUUUCUUAAACAUUUUGGGCUGUUAUAAUCUUAUGGGCCAGGACUAUGCUUCUAUUAUAUGGUCCAUAGAUUUCACAUAUGUGAUUUGUUAAACAAUAGAAUUUUGCUCUCAUGCUUCUAGUGACUGAUGUCUGAGAUCCAGGUGCCAGUGUGGCCAUAUCCUCAAUGAAGGCAUUCUUCCUGGUGAUAUCCUCAUGGGGUCUUCCAUGGUAUAUUAGCGCAAAGGAAGAUUCCCUUGUCUCUUCUUCCUACCUUAUCAUUUGGGCUCUGCUUUCAUGAGUUAGUCUAACCAUAGAUGCUUCCCAAAGGCUUUCCUUCUAACACAAUCCCACUGGAGGUUUGGGUAACUAACAUAUAAUGAUAGGAGGGAAAAACAAUCAGUCCAUAACAGAUUCUGCAAAUUAUGCUGGUGGUUCAGUUGUUUCUUAUUAGAAGCUGUGCUACUCCCCAACCCCAAAUUAUCCAAAGUAUUUUAAUACCAUAAACUGAGAUACAGACUUGCCAUAGAGAUAGCUAAUGAGAGUCAUCAGACACCUCCUGUUCUACUUAAGGAAUAAAACCAAAGAACAAGCAGAUAAUGUUUGCUGAGAAUAUUUGGAGAACACUGGAGCACAGUGCAUAUGAAAGAGAAAUAUGGAAAAGGAGACUCAAGAUGGUCAGGUAGAAAAGGGAACGAAGCAUCUUGCAUAGUGAGUGCUCUUGAUUCCACGUCUGAGCUUGUUUGAAUGUGUAAAGUCCUCUUACAACUCAGACACUGUAAAUAGUAGAGCCUAAAUUGUCCAUAUCCCCACCAUAGAGUCAUGACUUUUUUUUCUGUAAGGCAAUACUGCACCCAUCAGUGGUUUUGAGCUCCAUAAGGAGUUGUAAUGGAACACAUACCACUGCACGGGUCCGCAUGGGCACCUCUGCUUACGUAGCCCCCUCUCCUAUGUAACUUAUUGCUGCAUGGUGCCAUUUUAAGACCAAAUCUAACCACACCUACAAAUUUGACCAAAUCUAAUCACCCCAACUUCAAUGUGUAGUACACCCUCAAAGUCUACUUGACUAGUACAAUCUCUGUACCACAAGUUGUAUGUUCCUCUUUGGCUACUAGAGUGUCAGCAGUCUGUAUGACCUCUGACUUUGUUACCACAUUCAUCAAGUCCUCAGAAUCAGAAGUUAUAGUUGUACAGACACCAGUGGUAUCCAAAUGGAAACAAAGGCAAUGCCAUCUCUAAAAAUAAUACCUAGUAUCUUCAGGAGAAAAUCUUCUCCUGUUUAAUUCUCCUACCCAAUGGAUAAGACACUGACAUACCAAAUGUAUCAAGGAGCAUCAAGAAGUAUGGAAAAGCAAGGCAAAAUGAUGCCAUUGAAGAAGCACAAAAUCUUCUAUCAAAGAACACUGAAAGGGAAGUUGAGAAAAUGCCAGAAAAAGAAUUGAAAAGAGUAAUUCUAAGGAAAUUGACUGAGAAUAAAGAGAAUAUAUAGCACUAUUACAUUAAAGCACAAUUCAUUGUAUGAAUAAUGAGAACUUUGUCAAUGAAGUAGAUAUUUUUUUAAAUGCUGUAGGGUUGAGGAGGUUAAUGGGUAAAGCAUUAGCUCUGCAUGUAUGAAGACCUGAGUUCAGAUCUCAAGAUCCAAUAGAUAGAUAGAUAGAUAGAUAGAUAGAUAGAUAGAUAGAUAAAUAGAUGAGGGAAAGAAAAACAUUAAUGGUGAAAACAGGAGUUUUGGAGUCAAAAGGUAUGGUCUGGAAUACUUAGGAAGGAAAAUAAAAGGGCUUGCAGCUGGGCAUGAGUUGGCCAAGGUGACCAGACUUUUUAAAAGGCAAAGCUUUAGGAUCAAAUUGUUAGGCUCUGACUGGCUCCCAUGAAGUCACACAAGCUGAGAAACAUUGACAAGGCAAUGUUACCCAUUCACCAAUUCUGUCUUCUUUAUUUAAUAAACAUUUUUUAUUUAUUAAGGUA